AUGUCAGCAUUCGGAGCUACAUUUACUAGAACAUUCAACAAAAGAUCGCUCGCGCUUCUCGCCGGCGUCACCGCGGCGGCGGGCUCGGCUGUCGCCUUCCAGAACUACCAAUCUAGCAACAACGGCAAUGGGUUCGGGCGCAGCUCUAAGCUGUGGGGAACCCUCAGCGCGGGAACCGCACUGCACGUUGCAGAAGCUCAGAAGAAACCCGAAGACUACCAGAAGGUCUACAACGCAAUUGCGCUGAAAUUAAGGGACGAGGACGAGUACGACAACUACAUCGGUUACGGGCCAGUUCUGGUUCGUCUCGCGUGGCACAUCUCCGGUACCUGGGAGAAGGACGACAACUCUGGCGGGUCUUUCGGCGGAACCUACAGAUUCAAGAAAGAGAUGGACGACCCCUCCAACAAGGGCCUUCAAAACGGGUUCAAGUUCCUGAAGUCCAUCCAUGAGAAGUUCCCUUGGAUCUCGCACGGUGACCUGUUCACCCUGGCUGGUGUGACUGCCAUCCAAGAGAUGCAGGGUCCUAAGAUCCCAUGGAGAGCCGGCAGAGUUGACCAGAAAGAAGACACAACCCCAGACAACGGCAGACUACCCGACGCCAGCAGAGACGCCAAUUACGUACGCAAUUUUUUCAAGAGAAUGAACUUUGACGACCGCGAAGUGGUUGCUCUGCUCGGUGCACACGCUCUAGGAAAGACCCACUACAAAAACUCUGGAUUCGAAGGCCCUUGGGGUGCGGCCACCAACGUAUUUUCCAACGAGUACUACGUGAACCUGCUCAACGAGAAAUGGAAGAAAGUUAAGAACGACGAGGGCAACAUUCAGUACGACAGCGACAAGGGCUACAUGAUGCUUCCAACAGACAUGGCCUUGGUGCAGGACCCUAAGUACUUGAAGAUCGUCAAGGAAUACGCCAACAACCAGGACACUUUUUUCAAUGACUUUACGAAGGUGUUCACCAAGCUGAUCCAGAAUGGUAUCGAGUUCCCAAAGGAGAUCAAGGCUACCACCUUCAAGACUUUGGACGAGCAAGACAUCUAA